AUGUUGGCUGGACAUCGAAUCAUUGAAGUAACCGCUGGUCAUGAGGAGUUGUCAGGCUCUGGGCCUAGAUCUUCACUCGGAGUCGAGAGCUUAGGAGCGCCACUCGACCCUCCUAUCUCCUGGCCAGCCAUACCACCACUACUACGCGUCCUCCGGUCGCCUUGUAUCAGCCUAACUCUCGCCGAAAUCAGCCUGCUUCGUCAAGAUUUGAUUACAUUCCUCCAUACCACUUGGUGGCCCCAGGCAUGGGAGUUUAAUCACUGUCUGGAUGAUAUAACCGGACAAUCGGAACUUUUGAAGACCAAAUUGUUAGGAGGUCCUUUUCCUUUCGGAGCCCUUGAAACCAAUUGCCCAAGCCUAGAAUCAAAAAAUUGGAAUUCAAUUUUUUCCUGCAAUACCAGGAGUACCGCUAUCGCUCCAAAGAGUUGUAUCUCUAAUAGCGUCCUGUUGAUCCAGGCCCGUAAUCGGCCUGUACCUCUGGUCGACAGACCGUUAGACAUCAAAUUUUGGCUUGAGCACCCUUUUUUCUUCACAUUGCUUCCCUCUUAUCAACCUACUCGCUUCACUGCGUGGAAUAGUGUUCCUAGGAUAGCCCCAAUAACGAAUAGUUCUACCGGAACGACUACCACUCCACUUGGUGCUUGGCGGCGCCACGUGCCCAGUGCUGUAUGGCCCUUGAUGCCGACCGGCUGGGCUAAAUUGCAAACACGUGUAGUGGACGGUAUCCUAAACUACUUAAAGGUGGCAUCACAACUGGAUGAACGAGCUACAGAUUUACCCUGGCGACUAACACUACAAUGGAUUGGGUGA